UUACGUACAUCUACACAUAAUUCGAAGACCUUCAAAUCCAUUUAAUACAGAAUCAGGAGGUUUUAUAUACAGCCCAACCAUUCAAAAUGGACAACGUUACUUUCGACAUAUCGCAAAAGGUAAAGGAAUGGAACAACGAGAUAGUGCAGAGCCUUAUUCCUAACAACACUAUCCUGUCAAUGUAUAUGGUGGCUGGUUUUGGGGGUAACUCCCUCGUCAUCUUCAUUUACGGUUUCAAAAUGAAAGGCAGUAAAGAAGACAGGUAUUUCAUUCCGUUUCUUGCGAUGGCGGACCUUUGGGCUUCUUUGAUUUGUGCUUCUUUUGGGAUUGCUCAAAAUAUGAUGCAGGCAACAUUUGACAAUGAACAAUUGUGCAAGACUUGGUAUCUCUUUGCCGCCCUCUCAACUUUCACGUCUGUGUUUUUUCUACAGAUUGUUGCAGUUCCCAGAUAUCUCAAAGUCUGCCAACCCCUCGGGAGACAAAUGACCUUAAAAUGGAAACGGUUCGCUUUGUGUAUGGGACUAACAAUUGCUUUUAUCUUAGCUGUACCCAUGACCUACUUUUAUGGAUCUGAUCUAUUUUUUAAUGAGGAAUUAGGGAUCUCUGGAUUCCGUUGCAAUAGGUUGAGCUCUGUAAAUAAAACUUGGUCACUGUUUUAUGGAAGCCUAAUUCUUUUCAUCACCAUCACGAUCAUAGUUUCUCUGAUAUGUCUUUAUUCCAAAAUAGGAUUGAAAAUUCGGGACCAUUUAAAGCGUACCAAAAUUAACCGCCACCACAAAACAGUCGAACACUCUCAAGGCAAUGUUUUAAACAGUGACGACCGACUGAGUUACCCGGAACGUGACACCCAGUCACGUGACAAUGACGAUAGAACCGAGGAAACUGGGUUUUCCACUACCUGCAGAGACCUCGAGGCACCUACAAAAAUCAAUGGGGGAAAACACGAACCCAGAACCCAGGAUCUCGAGUGUAAAAAGGAGAAAACGGAAGCGAGUCGUGUAUAAAUUCACAUUGAUGUAUAUGCUAAUAACCGUCAUUUUUUCUGAUUUGUUAUAUUCCUAAAACCACCAUCAUGCUGCUGGAAGCAAGGAAUACAUCGUUUUGGGAGGAGUUUACAUAUACAGGAAGAUCUGUUAUAUUGUUUAUUUAUAGGAUUUAUAUCUUGAAUAACAUCACAAACCCAAUCAUUUACGCCUUUCUUGAUAAAUAGUUUACAAAAGAAAUAAAAAAAUGUUGUGUGUGCAAGUAGUAAGGUUCUAUGAUAGAUAUUUCACAAGUGCAUUCUUCCCAUCUUUUUAUGUAUUGUUUAUCUAUUGAGCGUCUGGAUUUACAUAGUACAUGCGUCUACAAAUUUUAGGAAUAAUAAUGCUAUUGAAUUAGUGAGUUUACUUGAAAUUGAGACAUUUAACUCGCAGCGAAAACUUCAGAUUUGAUUUACUAUAUACUAGUAAGUAAAAUUAGAAAACGAAAAUUUACACACUUAAAAAAUACAUUAUUUACCUGAAGCUUACAGGGACGUUUAGGUAGAAUGUAAUAAGAAGUGCAGUUAUGCUGUAUUCAAUACUACAAUAAAAACGUAUUUUUUACUUUAUUUACAUAUUUCAAAUAUUUAUAAAUAUUGCAUCGACAUUUAGAUUAUUUACUUAAAGUGGUGGAUAUUUAGAGAUUGAUUAUCAGCAUACUACUGUAAUCAAGUUUAACAAAAACUUGUAAUUAUUUUAAAAUUUUAAAAAAAGAACUGAUCAUCUAUUAAAAUUAAAGCAAUUGCCAUCCUGUAUUGAUCUCUCCACAGAAGUCUAAAAAUUAUUCCUUAAAAUGAAAAUGAAAAUUAGCGUGAAUCAAUAGCGUCGUGACAUUAUUAAUGAUAGAAAUGGAAAUGUUUAUUCUAGUUUGGUUAUGUAUAUUGAUGAAGAGUAAAUGUAUUUGGAGUAC